AUGACUACUUCCAUGUUGCUGUCUUUUGAGAACUGCAUUGCAAACUAUCCUCACGACUAUCCUCACGACUACCCUCAUGACUAUCCUCACGACUAUCCUCAUGACUAUCCCCACGACUAUCCCCACGACUAUCCUCACGACUAUCCUCACGACUAUACUCAUGACUAUCCUCACGACUACCCUCAUGACUAUCCUCACUACUAUCCUCACGACUACCCUCAUGACUAUCCACACGACUAUCCCCACGACUAUCCUCACGACUACCCUCAUGACUAUCCUCACUACUAUCCUCACUACUAUCCUCACGACUACCCUCAUGACUAUCCUCACUACUAUCCUCACUACUAUCCUCACGACUAUCCUCACUACUAUCCUCAUGACUAUCAUCACGAGUAUCCUCACGGCUAUCCUCAUGGCUAUCCUCACGGCUAUCCUCACGAUUAUCCUCACGACUAUCCUCACGACUGUCCUCACGACUAUCCUCAUUACUAUCCUCACGGCUAUCCUCACGACUAUCCUCACGACUAUCCUCACGACUAUCCUCACGACUACCCUCAUGACUAUCCUCACUACUAUCCUCACUACUAUCCUCACGACUACCCUCAUGACUAUCCUCACUACUAUCCUCACUACUAUCCUCACGACUAUCCUCACUACUAUCCUCAUGACUAUCAUCACGAGUAUCCUCACGGCUAUCCUCAUGGCUAUCCUCACGGCUAUCCUCACGAUUAUCCUCACGACUAUCCUCACGACUGUCCUCACGACUAUCCUCAUUACUAUCCUCACGGCUAUCCUCACGACUAUCCUCACGACUAUCCUCACGACUAUCCUCACUACUAUCCUCACGGCUAUCCUCACGAUUAUCCUCACGCCAAUCUUAGCACCAACCCUACGGAUCUGCGCUACCAGGCUCUUUGA